AUGCCUGGAGCGAACUCGAGGCAGAUUCUAAAUGCAGUGGAUAACACUACACAGCAGCUACAAUGUGCAUCAACCAACAAUGCUAGUUUUCCUCCAGAGAAACUUCAAAUGCUCCAAUAUGAGCUUGGAAUGAUCGUUUCGUCAACACUAAAUGUCAUAGUUCAACUUGGAGUUUCUUCAACAGAGGACAUUGCAGAUAAUUUCGGAGCUUUGCAAACACUGACUGUGGACACUGCACAGAAUCUGGAGUUUGUACAGUCAUGGUUGUGUGUCAGUCUGAUCCCAAUCCUCCCGUACAUCACUACAGAAUUCUUAUCUAACAUGAGCAAAAUCAACUUUUCAUGUCUCACCUACCAGACAAUAGUUAAAGUGCUUAGUCAACAAGUGGAUUUGGUUAAUAAAGCAUUGUCAGUAUCCAUUUAUACCAACUUCAUUCAGCCAUUCCUCUCUAGAGAGCUGUCAGAUCCUGGCUGUCUUUCCCAAACUUCAAGCAGCGCUGACUGGCUUGAAAAGAACUUAGGCAAAUUUUCCCCAUACGCCACUGUGAAGGACCUGCAGGCUCUGAAUGGAAAUUUCUCCACUCUUGCAUCGCUGAGUCUGCUGUCUCCCACCCAAGUAUGUGAAUUCACGCUGAGCUCCGGAACGUUGAACGACACGAAUCAGAUCAACGUUGUGUUCGACCUACUGGACACCGGAGAGGCUUUCCAGAACGUGGAAGAGUUCCUGACCGCUCUGGCCGAAGCUCCCAAGGUUCCUGAUAUCGCCCCUGCUGUGCGAGACGUGAUGAUGAACCGGACCUUUGUAAUCAUCCAAGACAUGUUCCAGGUCUUUGAGGCCACCGAAUGGGUCAGCUGGUUCACCGAGACGCUCACCCCGAUCCUUUCCGGUUUCACCGCGGAAAUGCUAGUUAUGGUCACGGGUUACACGAACUGCACCAACUACCAAGUGAUAGUUGAAGGACUGGGCACGGUGUUCCCUGAAAUGUCAUCCGUCAGGAGGAAGGAUAUCACCGAUGUUCUGGUGGAGCACCUCAAGAAAUUUGCAGACCAGUUCAACGCACCAGCUUGCGGACCGAACAUCCACAGUGACGCAGAAUGGCUGAACAUCAACCUGGGUCUGUUCUCUACAUUGGCCAGUUACUCUGACCUCAAGGACUUGAACAUCACAGCGGUAAAAUACGCACCUCCUUUCAACGUUGCUAAUCUGGCAUCUCUGGAAUCCCUCUCACCUGAGCAAAAAGCACAGCUGCUGUUGGACGCGUCCACCGGCGCUCUUGAAAAUGAGACCGUGGUGAAGGAGGUGUUGGGCAGCGUCCUAGAAUCCCAUGAUGAGAUGCGGCUAGAACAGUUCUACGCGACGUUCGUGGAAGUCACCAAACAGCAAAACAUUUCCUACAUCGAAAACGCGGCUGUCAGAGACACAAUGCUGAACAUGACUUUGACUGCUCUGGCUCCGGAAUUCCCCAACUUCCAAACCGGAGACUACGAGCUGUGGUUCCAAAUCAAUCUCGUGGUCCUGCUGGCUAGCUUCCGUCCUUCAGAUGUGCUGGUGAUCCCCACCGACCUCAGCUGUGACUCUUACGACACAAUAUUGCAAGGCCUAGAGAGUGCUUUGGCGGUUCUCCCAUCCCAACUACAGGAGCAGCUCAAAGCGAGCAUCGUCGUCCUUCGUGGAUCCCCACCAGACGGUUGCACACCUCCUCAUCCCGUCGGAGUCUGCAAUGAAACAGCAGUGGACGAAGAGAGUCUAUGUCGGGACGUGAACACUGUUCCGCUCGAGUCUGGCAGUGUUUCGGGAGGGCCUUGCGACAUCAGCAUCCCUCAGUACGCCUGUUCUUCGGUCGCCACGCUGUCCCCUCACCAACUUGCCGCACUGUUGGCCUGCAAGCCGGCCAGCGGCGCGCCAUACGGAGCAGAGGUGUGGAAGCUUUUCGUCCAGAAGUUUGAAGGAGUACUGGAAGACGCUCUGUCAGAGAACUCCAUCAAGAACCUCAGCGACGUUGAGUCUGCGUCCCGUGCUCUGGAUGCCAUUGGAGAGGUGAUAGUUUACAAGUUUGACGCUGCAGAGCUGGCAGAUGUGAGCUUCGUUGGCCCCUGGUUCGAGGACAGGCUGACGCCGUUCUUGCCAGCAAUCUCUGGAGGACUUCUUUCCUGCCUCAGCUCCAAGAACUUCACCUGUGACACCUACCACGUCGUGGUGCGCGCGUUCUCCGCUCAAGCAUCGCACAUAAGACCAGAGCAGAAGCAGGCCGUCGUCGAUGAAUUCAUCCUUCCCUUCCUCUCCAGACGUGACAUAGAAGAUCCUGGCUGUCUUGCCGGAGCUCCAAGCACCGGUGGCUGGCUUGCUGAGAACUUUGGCGAAUUAUCCCCAUACGUCACCGUGAAGGACCUGCAGGCUCUGAAUAGAAAUUUCACCAUUAUUCCACCGCUGGAUCUGCUGUCUCCCACCCAAGUAGGCGAAGUCACGCUGAGCUCCGGAGCGUUGAACGACUCGAAUCAGAUCAACGCUGUGUUCGACCGACUGGACACCGGAGAGGCUUUCCAGAACGUGAAAGAGUUCCUGACCGCCCUGGCCGAAGCUCCCAAGGUUCCUGAUAUCGCCCCUGCUGUGCGAGACGUGAUGAUGAACCGGACCUUUGUAAUCAUCCAAGACAUGUUCCAGGUCUUUGAGGCCACCGAAUGGGUCAGCUGGUUCACCGAGACGCUCACCCCGAUCCUUUCCGGUUUCACCGCGGAAAUGCUAGUUACGGUCACGGGUUACACGAACUGCACCAACUACCAAGUGAUAGUUGAAGGACUGGGCACGGUGUUCCCUGAAAUGUCAUCCGUCAGGAGGAAGGAUAUCACCGAUGUUCUGGUGGAGCACCUCAAGAAAUUUGCAGACCUGUUCAACGCACCAGCUUGCGGACCGAACAUCCACAGUGACGCAGAAUGGCUGAACAUCAACCUGGGUCUGUUCUCUACAUUGGCCAGUUACUCUGACCUCAAGGACUUGAACAUCACAGCGCUGACAGCUCUGGACUUCCUCUCACCUGAACAAAAAGCACAGCUGCUGUUGGACCCGUCCACGGGCGCUCUUGAAAACGAGACCGUGGCGAAGGAGGUGUUGGGCAGCGUCCUAGAAUCCCACAAUGAGACACGGCUAGAACAGUUCUACGCAACGUUCGUGGAAGUCACCAAACAGCAAAACAUUUCCUACAUCGAAAACGCGGCUGUCAGAGACACAAUGCUGAACAUGACUUUGACUGCUCUGGCUCCGGAAUUCCUCAACUUCCAAACCGGAGACUACGAGCUGUGGUUCCAAAUCAAUCUCGUGGUCCUGCUGGCUAGCUUCCGUCCUUCAGAUGUGCUGGUGAUCCCCACCGACCUCAGCUGUGACUCUUACGACACAAUAUUGCAAGGCCUAGAGAGUGCUUUGGCGGUUCUCCCAUCCCAACUACAGGAGCAGCUCAAAGCGAGCAUCGUCGUCCUUCGUGGAUCCCCACCAGACGGUUGCACACCUCCUCAUCCCGUCGGAGUCUGCAAUGAAACAGCAGUGGACGAAGAGAGUCUAUGUCGGGACGUGAACACUGUUCCGCUCGAGUCUGGCAGUGUUUCGGGAGGGCCUUGCGACAUCAGCAUCCCUCAGUACGCCUGUUCUUCGGUCGCCACGCUGUCCCCUCACCAACUUGCCGCACUGUUGGCCUGCAAGCCGGCCAGCGGCGCGCCAUACGGAGCAGAGGUGUGGAAGCUUUUCGUCCAGAAGUUUGAAGGAGUACUGGAAGACGCUCUGUCAGAGAACUCCAUCAAGAACCUCAGCGACGUUGAGUCUGCGUCCCGUGCUCUGGAUGCCAUUGGAGAGGUGAUAGUUUACAAGUUUGACGCUGCAGAGCUGGCAGAUGUGAGCUUCGUUGGCCCCUGGUUCGAGGACAGGCUGACGCCGUUCUUGCCAGCAAUCUCUGGAGGACUUCUUUCCUGCCUCAGCUCCAAGAACUUCACCUGUGACACCUACCACGUCGUGGUGCGCGCGUUCUCCGCUCAAGCAUCGCACAUAAGACCAGAGCAGAAGCAGGCCGUCGUCGAUGAAUUCAUCCUUCCCUUCCUCUCCAGACGUGACAUAGAAGAUCCUGGCUGUCUUGCCGGAGCUCCAAGCACCGGUGGCUGGCUUGCUGAGAACUUUGGCGAAUUAUCCCCAUACGUCACCGUGAAGGACCUGCAGGCUCUGAAUAGAAAUUUCACCAUUAUUCCACCGCUGGAUCUGCUGUCUCCCACCCAAGUAGGCGAAGUCACGCUGAGCUCCGGAGCGUUGAACGACACGAAUCAGAUCAACGCUGUGUUCGACCGACUGGACACCGGAGAGGCUUUCCAGAACGUGAAAGAGUUCCUGACCGCCCUGGCCGAAGCUCCCAAGGUUCCUGAUAUCGCCCCUGCUGUGCGAGACGUGAUGAUGAACCGGACCUUUGUAAUCAUCCAAGACAUGUUCCAGGUCUUUGAGGCCACCGAAUGGGUCAGCUGGUUCACCGAGACGCUCACCCCGAUCCUUUCCGGUUUCACCGCGGAAAUGCUAGUUACGGUCACGGGUUACACGAACUGCACCAACUACCAAGUGAUAGUUGAAGGACUGGGCACGGUGUUCCCUGAAAUGUCAUCCGUCAGGAGGAAGGAUAUCACCGAUGUUCUGGUGGAGCACCUCAAGAAAUUUGCAGACCUGUUCAACGCACCAGCUUGCGGACCGAACAUCCACAGUGACGCAGAAUGGCUGAACAUCAACCUGGGUCUGUUCUCUACAUUGGCCAGUUACUCUGACCUCAAGGACUUGAACAUCACAGCGGUAAAAUACGCACCUCCUUUCAACGUUGCUAAUCUGGCAUCUCUGGAAUCCCUCUCACCUGAGCAAAAAGCACAGCUGCUGUUGGACGCGUCCACCGGCGCUCUUGAAAAUGAGACCGUGGUGAAGGAGGUGUUGGGCAGCGUCCUAGAAUCCCAUGAUGAGAUGCGGCUAGAACAGUUCUACGCGACGUUCGUGGAAGUCACCAAACAGCAAAACAUUUCCUACAUCGAAAACGCGGCUGUCAGAGACACAAUGCUGAACAUGACUUUGACUGCUCUGGCUCCGGAAUUCCCCAACUUCCAAACCGGAGACUACGAGCUGUGGUUCCAAAUCAAUCUCGUGGUCCUGCUGGCUAGCUUCCGUCCUUCAGAUGUGCUGGUGAUCCCCACCGACCUCAGCUGUGACUCUUACGACACAAUAUUGCAAGGCCUAGAGAGUGCUUUGGCGGUUCUCCCAUCCCAACUACAGGAGCAGCUCAAAGCGAGCAUCGUCGUCCUUCGUGGAUCCCCACCAGACGGUUGCACACCUCCUCAUCCCGUCGGAGUCUGCAAUGAAACAGCAGUGGACGAAGAGAGUCUAUGUCGGGACGUGAACACUGUUCCGCUCGAGUCUGGCAGUGUUUCGGGAGGGCCUUGCGACAUCAGCAUCCCUCAGUACGCCUGUUCUUCGGUCGCCACGCUGUCCCCUCACCAACUUGCCGCACUGUUGGCCUGCAAGCCGGCCAGCGGCGCGCCAUACGGAGCAGAGGUGUGGAAGCUUUUCGUCCAGAAGUUUGAAGGAGUACUGGAAGACGCUCUGUCAGAGAACUCCAUCAAGAACCUCAGCGACGUUGAGUCUGCGUCCCGUGCUCUGGAUGCCAUUGGAGAGGUGAUAGUUUACAAGUUUGACGCUGCAGAGCUGGCAGAUGUGAGCUUCGUUGGCCCCUGGUUCGAGGACAGGCUGACGCCGUUCUUGCCAGCAAUCUCUGGAGGACUUCUUUCCUGCCUCAGCUCCAAGAACUUCACCUGUGACACCUACCACGUCGUGGUGCGCGCGUUCUCCGCUCAAGCAUCGCACAUAAGACCAGAGCAGAAGCAGGCCGUCGUCGAUGAAUUCAUCCUUCCCUUCCUCUCCAGACGUGACAUAGAAGAUCCUGGCUGUCUUGCCGGAGCUCCAAGCACCGGUGGCUGGCUUGCUGAGAACUUUGGCGAAUUAUCCCCAUACGUCACCGUGAAGGACCUGCAGGCUCUGAAUAGAAAUUUCACCAUUAUUCCACCGCUGGAUCUGCUGUCUCCCACCCAAGUAGGCGAAGUCACGCUGAGCUCCGGAGCGUUGAACGACUCGAAUCAGAUCAACGCUGUGUUCGACCGACUGGACACCGGAGAGGCUUUCCAGAACGUGAAAGAGUUCCUGACCGCCCUGGCCGAAGCUCCCAAGGUUCCUGAUAUCGCCCCUGCUGUGCGAGACGUGAUGAUGAACCGGACCUUUGUAAUCAUCCAAGACAUGUUCCAGGUCUUUGAGGCCACCGAAUGGGUCAGCUGGUUCACCGAGACGCUCACCCCGAUCCUUUCCGGUUUCACCGCGGAAAUGCUAGUUACGGUCACGGGUUACACGAACUGCACCAACUACCAAGUGAUAGUUGAAGGACUGGGCACGGUGUUCCCUGAAAUGUCAUCCGUCAGGAGGAAGGAUAUCACCGAUGUUCUGGUGGAGCACCUCAAGAAAUUUGCAGACCUGUUCAACGCACCAGCUUGCGGACCGAACAUCCACAGUGACGCAGAAUGGCUGAACAUCAACCUGGGUCUGUUCUCUACAUUGGCCAGUUACUCUGACCUCAAGGACUUGAACAUCACAGCGCUGACAGCUCUGGACUUCCUCUCACCUGAACAAAAAGCACAGCUGCUGUUGGACCCGUCCACGGGCGCUCUUGAAAACGAGACCGUGGCGAAGGAGGUGUUGGGCAGCGUCCUAGAAUCCCACAAUGAGACACGGCUAGAACAGUUCUACGCAACGUUCGUGGAAGUCACCAAACAGCAAAACAUUUCCUACAUCGAAAACGCGGCUGUCAGAGACACAAUGCUGAACAUGACUUUGACUGCUCUGGCUCCGGAAUUCCCCAACUUCCAAACCGGAGACUACGAGCUGUGGUUCCAAAUCAAUCUCGUGGUCCUGCUGGCUAGCUUCCGUCCUUCAGAUGUGCUGGUGAUCCCCACCGACCUCAGCUGUGACUCUUACGACACAAUAUUGCAAGGCCUAGAGAGUGCUUUGGCGGUUCUCCCAUCCCAACUACAGGAGCAGCUCAAAGCGAGCAUCGUCGUCCUUCGUGGAUCCCCACCAGACGGUUGCACACCUCCUCAUCCCGUCGGAGUCUGCAAUGAAACAGCAGUGGACGAAGAGAGUCUAUGUCGGGACGUGAACACUGUUCCGCUCGAGUCUGGCAGUGUUUCGGGAGGGCCUUGCGACAUCAGCAUCCCUCAGUACGCCUGUUCUUCGGUCGCCACGCUGUCCCCUCACCAACUUGCCGCACUGUUGGCCUGCAAGCCGGCCAGCGGCGCGCCAUACGGAGCAGAGGUGUGGAAGCUUUUCGUCCAGAAGUUUGAAGGAGUACUGGAAGACGCUCUGUCAGAGAACUCCAUCAAGAACCUCAGCGACGUUGAGUCUGCGUCCCGUGCUCUGGAUGCCAUUGGAGAGGUGAUAGUUUACAAGUUUGACGCUGCAGAGCUGGCAGAUGUGAGCUUCGUUGGCCCCUGGUUCGAGGACAGGCUGACGCCGUUCUUGCCAGCAAUCUCUGGAGGACUUCUUUCCUGCCUCAGCUCCAAGAACUUCACCUGUGACACCUACCACGUCGUGGUGCGCGCGUUCUCCGCUCAAGCAUCGCACAUAAGACCAGAGCAGAAGCAGGCCGUCGUCGAUGAAUUCAUCCUUCCCUUCCUCUCCAGACGUGACAUAGAAGAUCCUGGCUGUCUUGCCGGAGCUCCAAGCACCGGUGGCUGGCUUGCUGAGAACUUUGGCGAAUUAUCCCCAUACGUCACCGUGAAGGACCUGCAGGCUCUGAAUAGAAAUUUCACCAUUAUUCCACCGCUGGAUCUGCUGUCUCCCACCCAAGUAGGCGAAGUCACGCUGAGCUCCGGAGCGUUGAACGACACGAAUCAGAUCAACGCUGUGUUCGACCGACUGGACACCGGAGAGGCUUUCCAGAACGUGAAAGAGUUCCUGACCGCCCUGGCCGAAGCUCCCAAGGUUCCUGAUAUCGCCCCUGCUGUGCGAGACGUGAUGAUGAACCGGACCUUUGUAAUCAUCCAAGACAUGUUCCAGGUCUUUGAGGCCACCGAAUGGGUCAGCUGGUUCACCGAGACGCUCACCCCGAUCCUUUCCGGUUUCACCGCGGAAAUGCUAGUUACGGUCACGGGUUACACGAACUGCACCAACUACCAAGUGAUAGUUGAAGGACUGGGCACGGUGUUCCCUGAAAUGUCAUCCGUCAGGAGGAAGGAUAUCACCGAUGUUCUGGUGGAGCACCUCAAGAAAUUUGCAGACCUGUUCAACGCACCAGCUUGCGGACCGAACAUCCACAGUGACGCAGAAUGGCUGAACAUCAACCUGGGUCUGUUCUCUACAUUGGCCAGUUACUCUGACCUCAAGGACUUGAACAUCACAGCGCUGACAGCUCUGGACUUCCUCUCACCUGAACAAAAAGCACAGCUGCUGUUGGACCCGUCCACGGGCGCUCUUGAAAACGAGACCGUGGCGAAGGAGGUGUUGGGCAGCGUCCUAGAAUCCCACAAUGAGACACGGCUAGAACAGUUCUACGCAACGUUCGUGGAAGUCACCAAACAGCAAAACAUUUCCUACAUCGAAAACGCGGCUGUCAGAGACACAAUGCUGAACAUGACUUUGACUGCUCUGGCUCCGGAAUUCCCCAACUUCCAAACCGGAGACUACGAGCUGUGGUUCCAAAUCAAUCUCGUGGUCCUGCUGGCUAGCUUCCGUCCUUCAGAUGUGCUGGUGAUCCCCACCGACCUCAGCUGUGACUCUUACGACACAAUAUUGCAAGGCCUAGAGAGUGCUUUGGCGGUUCUCCCAUCCCAACUACAGGAGCAGCUCAAAGCGAGCAUCGUCGUCCUUCGUGGAUCCCCACCAGACGGUUGCACACCUCCUCAUCCCGUCGGAGUCUGCAAUGAAACAGCAGUGGACGAAGAGAGUCUAUGUCGGGACGUGAACACUGUUCCGCUCGAGUCUGGCAGUGUUUCGGGAGGGCCUUGCGACAUCAGCAUCCCUCAGUACGCCUGUUCUUCGGUCGCCACGCUGUCCCCUCACCAACUUGCCGCACUGUUGGCCUGCAAGCCGGCCAGCGGCGCGCCAUACGGAGCAGAGGUGUGGAAGCUUUUCGUCCAGAAGUUUGAAGGAGUACUGGAAGACGCUCUGUCAGAGAACUCCAUCAAGAACCUCAGCGACGUUGAGUCUGCGUCCCGUGCUCUGGAUGCCAUUGGAGAGGUGAUAGUUUACAAGUUUGACGCUGCAGAGCUGGCAGAUGUGAGCUUCGUUGGCCCCUGGUUCGAGGACAGGCUGACGCCGUUCUUGCCAGCAAUCUCUGGAGGACUUCUUUCCUGCCUCAGCUCCAAGAACUUCACCUGUGACACCUACCACGUCGUGGUGCGCGCGUUCUCCGCUCAAGCAUCGCACAUAAGACCAGAGCAGAAGCAGGCCGUCGUCGAUGAAUUCAUCCUUCCCUUCCUCUCCAGACGUGACAUAGAAGAUCCUGGCUGUCUUGCCGGAGCUCCAAGCACCGGUGGCUGGCUUGCUGAGAACUUUGGCGAAUUAUCCCCAUACGUCACCGUGAAGGACCUGCAGGCUCUGAAUAGAAAUUUCACCAUUAUUCCACCGCUGGAUCUGCUGUCUCCCACCCAAGUAGGCGAAGUCACGCUGAGCUCCGGAGCGUUGAACGACACGAAUCAGAUCAACGCUGUGUUCGACCGACUGGACACCGGAGAGGCUUUCCAGAACGUGAAAGAGUUCCUGACCGCCCUGGCCGAAGCUCCCAAGGUUCCUGAUAUCGCCCCUGCUGUGCGAGACGUGAUGAUGAACCGGACCUUUGUAAUCAUCCAAGACAUGUUCCAGGUCUUUGAGGCCACCGAAUGGGUCAGCUGGUUCACCGAGACGCUCACCCCGAUCCUUUCCGGUUUCACAGCGGAAAUGCUAGUUACGGUCACGGGUUACACGAACUGCACCAACUACCAAGUGAUAGUUGAAGGACUGGGCACGGUGUUCCCUGAAAUGUCAUCCGUCAGGAGGAAGGAUAUCACCGAUGUUCUGGUGGAGCACCUCAAGAAAUUUGCAGACCUGUUCAACGCACCAGCUUGCGGACCGAACAUCCACAGUGACGCAGAAUGGCUGAACAUCAACCUGGGUCUGUUCUCUACAUUGGCCAGUUACUCUGACCUCAAGGACUUGAACAUCACAGCGGUAAAAUACGCACCUCCUUUCAACGUUGCUAAUCUGGCAUCUCUGGAAUCCCUCUCACCUGAGCAAAAAGCACAGCUGCUGUUGGACGCGUCCACCGGCGCUCUUGAAAAUGAGACCGUGGUGAAGGAGGUGUUGGGCAGCGUCCUAGAAUCCCACAAUGAGACGCGGCUAGAACAGUUCUACGCAACGUUCGUGGAAGUCACCAAACAGCAAAACAUUUCCUACAUCGAAAACGCGGCUGUCAGAGACACAAUGCUGAACAUGACUUUGACUGCUCUGGCUCCGGAAUUCCCCAACUUCCAAACCGGAGACUACGAGCUGUGGUUCCAAAUCAAUCUCGUGGUCCUGCUGGCUAGCUUCCGUCCUUCAGAUGUGCUGGUGAUCCCCACCGACCUCAGCUGUGACUCUUACGACACAAUAUUGCAAGGCCUAGAGAGUGCUUUGGCGGUUCUCCCAUCCCAACUACAGGAGCAGCUCAAAGCGAGCAUCGUCGUCCUUCGUGGAUCCCCACCAGACGGUUGCACACCUCCUCAUCCCGUCGGAGUCUGCAAUGAAACAGCAGUGGACGAAGAGAGUCUAUGUCGGGACGUGAACACUGUUCCGCUCGAGUCUGGCAGUGUUUCGGGAGGGCCUUGCGACAUCAGCAUCCCUCAGUACGCCUGUUCUUCGGUCGCCACGCUGUCCCCUCACCAACUUGCCGCACUGUUGGCCUGCAAGCCGGCCAGCGGCGCGCCAUACGGAGCAGAGGUGUGGAAGCUUUUCGUCCAGAAGUUUGAAGGAGUACUGGAAGACGCUCUGUCAGAGAACUCCAUCAAGAACCUCAGCGACGUUGAGUCUGCGUCCCGUGCUCUGGAUGCCAUUGGAGAGGUGAUAGUUUACAAGUUUGACGCUGCAGAGCUGGCAGAUGUGAGCUUCGUUGGCCCCUGGUUCGAGGACAGGCUGACGCCGUUCUUGCCAGCAAUCUCUGGAGGACUUCUUUCCUGCCUCAGCUCCAAGAACUUCACCUGUGACACCUACCACGUCGUGGUGCGCGCGUUCUCCGCUCAAGCAUCGCACAUAAGACCAGAGCAGAAGCAGGCCGUCGUCGAUGAAUUCAUCCUUCCCUUCCUCUCCAGACGUGACAUAGAAGAUCCUGGCUGUCUUGCCGGAGCUCCAAGCACCGGUGGCUGGCUUGCUGAGAACUUUGGCGAAUUAUCCCCAUACGUCACCGUGAAGGACCUGCAGACUCUGAAUAGAAAUUUCACCAUUAUUCCACCGCUGGAUCUGCUGUCUCCCACCCAAGUAGGCGAAGUCACGCUGAGCUCCGGAGCGUUGAACGACACGAAUCAGAUCAACGCUGUGUUCGACCGACUGGACACCGGAGAGGCUUUCCAGAACGUGAAAGAGUUCCUGACCGCCCUGGCCGAAGCUCCCAAGGUUCCUGAUAUCGCCCCUGCUGUGCGAGACGUGAUGAUGAACCGGACCUUUGUAAUCAUCCAAGACAUGUUCCAGGUCUUUGAGGCCACCGAAUGGGUCAGCUGGUUCACCGAGACGCUCACCCCUAUCCUUUCCGGUUUCACCGCGGAAAUGCUAGUUACGGUCACGGGUUACACGAACUGCACCAACUACCAAGUGAUAGUUGAAGGACUGGGCACGGUGUUCCCUGAAAUGUCAUCCGUCAGGAGGAAGGAUAUCACCGAUGUUCUGGUGGAGCACCUCAAGAAAUUUGCAGACCUGUUCAACGCACCAGGUAGACUACUGCCCUUUGGGUCAAUCUACACUGCAGGAGCUGAUCUUCUUCCACGCCUUUCUUUGUCAACAGCUUGCGGAUCGAACAUCCACAGUGACGCACAAUGGCUGAACAUCAACCUGGGUCUGUUCUCUACAUUGGCCAGUUAUUCUGACCUCAGGGACUUGAACAUCACACUGCUGGCAUCUCUGGAAUCCCUCUCACCUGAGCAAAAAGCACAGCUGCUGUUGGACGCGUCCACCGGCGCUCUUGAAAAUGAGACCGUGGUGAAGGAGGUGUUGGGCAGCGUCCUAGAAUCCCAUGAUGAGAUGCGGCUAGAACAGUUCUACGCGACGUUCGUGGAAGUCACCAAACAGCAAAACAUUUCCUACAUCGAAAACGCGGCUGUCAGAGACACAAUGCUGAACAUGACUUUGACUGCUCUGGCUCCGGAAUUCCCCAACUUCCAAACCGGAGACUACGAGCUGUGGUUCCAAAUCAAUCUCGUGGUCCUGCUGGCUAGCUUCCGUCCUUCAGAUGUGCUGGUGAUCCCCACCGACCUCAGCUGUGACUCUUACGACACAAUAUUGCAAGGCCUAGAGAGUGCUUUGGCGGUUCUCCCAUCCCAACUACAGGAGCAGCUCAAAGCGAGCAUCGUCGUCCUUCGUGGAUCCCCACCAGACGGUUGCACACCUCCUCAUCCCGUCGGAGUCUGCAAUGAAACAGCAGUGGACGAAGAGAGUCUUUGUCGGGCCGUGGACACUGUUCCGCUCGUGUCUGGAAGUGUUCCGGGAAGGCCUUGCGACUUCAGCAUCCCUCAGUAUGCCUGUUCUCCGGAGGUCACCACGCUGUCCCCUGAAGACCUUGCCGGGCUGUUGGCCUGCGAGCUGGUGAGCGGCGUGCCGUACGGAGCAGAGAUGUGGAAGCUUUUCGUGCAGAAGUUUGAAGGAGUGUUUAAAGACGCUCUGUCAGAGAACUCCAUCAAGACCCUCAUCGAUGUUGAGUCUGCGUCUCGUGCUCUGGAUGCCAUUGGACAGGUGAUAGUCUACAAGUUCGACGCUGCAGAGCUGGCAGACGUGAGCUUCGUUGGCCCCUGGUUCGAGGACAGGCUGACGCCGUUCUUGCCAGCAAUCUCUGGAGGACUUCUUUCCUGCCUCAGCUCCAAGAACUUCACCUGUGACACCUACCAAGUCGUGGUGCGCGCGCUCUCCGCGCAAGCAUCGCUCAUGGAACCGGAGCAGAAGCAGGCCGUCGUCAAUAAAUUCAUCCUUCCCUUCCUCGCCAGACAUGACAUGGAAGAUCCUGGCUGUCUUGCCGGAGCUCCAAGCACCGAUGGCUGGCUUCAUGAGAACUUUGGCAAAUUCUCCCAAUACGCCACUCUAAAGGACCUGCAGGCUCUGAAUCGAAAUUUCUCCACUCUUGCAUCGCUGAGUCUGCUGUCUCCCACCCAAGUAUGUGAAUUCACGCUGAGCUCCGGAACGUUGAACGACACGAAUCAGAUCAACGUUGUGUUCGACCUACUGGACACCGGAGAGGCUUUCCAGAAAGUGGAAGAGUUUCUGACAGCUCUGGCCGAAGCUCCCAAGGUUCCUGAUAUCGCCCCUGCUGUGCGAGACGUGAUGAUGAACCGGACCUUUGUAAUCAUCCAAGACAUGUUCCAGGUCUUUGAGGCCACCGAAUGGGUCAGCUGGUUCACCGAGACGCUCACCCCGAUCCUUUCCGGUUUCACAGCGGAAAUGCUAGUUACGGUCACGGGUUACACGAACUGCACCAACUACCAAGUGAUAGUUGAAGGACUGGGCACGGUGUUCCCUGAAAUGUCAUCCGUCAGGAGGAAGGAUAUCACCGAUGUUCUGGUGGAGCACCUCAAGAAAUUUGCAGACCUGUUCAACGCACCAGCUUGCGGACCGAACAUCCACAGUGACGCAGAAUGGCUGAACAUCAACCUGGGUCUGUUCUCUACAUUGGCCAGUUACUCUGACCUCAAGGACUUGAACAUCACAGCGCUGACAGCUCUGGACUUCCUCUCACCUGAACAAAAAGCACAGCUGCUGUUGGACCCGUCCACGGGCGCUCUUGAAAACGAGACCGUGGCGAAGGAGGUGUUGGGCAGCGUCCUAGAAUCCCACAAUGAGACACGGCUAGAACAGUUCUACGCAACGUUCGUGGAAGUCACCAAACAGCAAAACAUUACCUACAUCGAAAACGCUGCUGUCCGAGACACAAUGCUGAACAUGACUUUGACUGCCCUGGCUCCCGAAUUCCCCAACUUCCAAACCGGAGACUACAUGCUGUGGUUCCAAACCAAUCUCGUGGUCCUGCUGGCUAGCUUCCGUCCUUCAGAUCUGGUGGUGAUCCCCGCCAACCUCAGCUGUGACUCUUACGACGCAAUAUUGCAAGGCCUAGAGAGUGCUCUGGCGGCUCUCCCGUCCCAACUACGGAAGGAGCUCAAAGCAAGCAUCGUCGCACUUCGUGGAUCCCCCCCAGACGGUUGCACACCUCCUCAUCCCGUCGGAGUCUGCAAUGAAACACCAGUGGACGAAGAGAGUCUAUGUCGGAACGUGAACACUGUUCCGCUCGAGUCUGGCAGUGUUUCGGGAGGGCCUUGCGACAUCAGCAUCCCUCAGUACGCCUGUUCUUCGGUCGCCACGCUGUCCCCUCACCAACUUGCCGCACUGUUGGCCUGCAAGCCGGCCAGCGGCGCGCCAUACGGAGCAGAGGUGUGGAAGCUUUUCGUCCAGAAGUUUGAAGGAGUACUGGAAGACGCUCUGUCAGAGAACUCCAUCAAGAACCUCAGCGACGUUGAGUCUGCGUCCCGUGCUCUGGAUGCCAUUGGAGAGGUGAUAGUUUACAAGUUUGACGCUGCAGAGCUGGCAGAUGUGAGCUUCAUUGGCACCUGGUUCGAGGAAGACCUGACGCCAUUCUUGCCAUCAAUCUCUGGAGGACUUCUUUCCUGCCUCAGCUCCAAGAACUUCACCUGUGACACCUACCAAGUCGUGGUGCGCGCGCUCUCCGCUCAAGCAUCGCUCAUGGAACCGGAGCAGAAGCAGGCCGUCGUCAAUAAAUUCAUCCUUCCCUUCCUCUCCAGACAUGACAUGGAAGAUCCUGGCUGUCUUGCCGGAGCUCCAAGCACCGAUGGCUGGCUUCAUGAGAACUUUGGCGAAUUAUCCCCAUACGUCACCGUGAAGGACCUGCAGGCUCUGAAUAGAAAUUUCACCAUUAUUCCACCGCUGGAUCUGCUGUCUCCCACCCAAGUAGGCGAAGUCACGCUGAGCUCCGGAGCGUUGAACGACACGAAUCAGAUCAACGCUGUGUUCGACCGACUGGACACCGGAGAGGCUUUCCAGAACGUGAAAGAGUUCCUGACCGCCCUGGCCGAAGCUCCCAAGGCAAGUCGAUCGGUUAAGACGCCCGGCCUCGUGGAAGCCGCGUGGAUCAGCCCGAGGUGCCUGAUAUCGCCCCAGUUGUGCGAGAAUUGA